AUGUUGUUGGUGUCAAACCUCUUCCUGUGGGAGAAUGUGGCCUCUGCACCCACGAAAAGCACCGGAUGUAGCUUUAGUGAAAUGGUCACCGUAGACCUUUUUGAUGACGUCAUCAUACUGUCUGAACACAUCAAUGUCAUGUCUAAAGAUACAUUCAGGAAAUUUGUAAGUACCUCCGUGGCUUCAGGUGUCCGGCGCCUCCUCAUCGAAAGCUUUUGCUCAAUUUGUAAGUACCUCCUUUACUUCCAGCUUUUUUCAAAAGAAGCCUUUCUGCUAGCAAUAGAACUUAACAGAAAUAAAGAAUUGGUUCUCAGGAAUUUCACCAGCUGCCACACUUCUUCCCUCAAUCCACCAAAAACAAAAGAAGAAGCCAGACAGACCACAUUGCCAAACUUUGUGAGAAUGCUACUAAGUAUACUGCAUGCAUGGAAAGACCCUCUGAUCUACAUGGAGAUGGAACUCCAGAAUAUGACAUCAGCCCAAUUUCCUACCCUUUUAAGAGUCGACUACAUUAAGAUAAAAAGCCAAAUCCUUUUGGAUCGCAUCGUGGGGAUUGCCAAGAGGGUUAAACAUGGACUUGAAGAAAUUGGAGAAUACCCUGUUUAUACAGAGCUUGCAAUGUUACAGUCAGGCAACAAAGAUUCAAGAUUUUUUGCUCUUUAUAAAUUGAUCUUCUGCCUAGCUCUUGACAUUCAGAAGGUUGAAAAUUAUCUCAAACACUUGAGAUGUAUGUAUUUUGGUGGUUUCAUGUGUGAAGAAUACGAACGUGGUCUCCCAUGA